AUGGCUGGGUACUAUAGAAGGUUUGUAGAGGGUUUCUCUCGCAUUGCUAGACCUUUGACCCAACUGCUGCGCAAGGGAAUGAAUUAUUUUUGGAGUAAGGAAUGCCAGGAAGCAUUUGAGGAGCUUAAGAGGAAGCUUACUACUGCACCAGUACUCACACUACCAUCAAGCGAGGGAGAGUAUGCCAUCUAUAGUGAUGCAUCAUAUAAGGGGUUGGGUUGUGUUCUUAUGCAAAAUAAGAAGGUGAUUGCUUAUGCUUCAAGGCAGUUACGACCACACGAAGUGAACUACCCAACCCAUGAUCUCGAGUUAGCUGCAGUCGUGUUUGCUCUAAAACUAUGGAGACACUAUCUUUAUGGUGAGACUUUCAAGAUCUUCACGGAUCACAAGAGUUUGAAACAUCUCACGGAUCAAAAGGAGUUGAUUAUGAGACAAAGAAGAUGGGUGGAGUUGUUGGGUGAUUAUGAUUGUACCAUUGAGUACCACCCUGGUAAAGCUAAUGUGGUGGCUGAUGCACUAAGCAGGAAGGAGCACAGCCCAAUAUCUGAACUUGUGGCACUCAGGGCUAUGAAUGUGGAACUACAACUGGAGGACGCUACUAGCAUGAUGGCUAAUUUGAAGAUUAGACCACUAUUGCAUGAUCGAAUUAAGGAAAAGCAGAAGGAUGAUCCAGUUUUGGCCAAGUUUAUUCAAGAGGUACAAGAUGGCAAAGAUACUAAGUUUGAAAUCACAGAUGGAAUGUUACUCUUCCAGGGUAGAGCUUGUGUACCUAAUGUGGAGAAUUUGAGACAAGAAAUCCUGGAUGAAGCUCAUUGUGCACCUUAUUCCAUGCACCCAGGAUCGACCAAGAUGUACCGGACUUUGCAAGAACACUUCUGGUGGCCCAAUAUGAAGAGGGAGGCAGCUGAGUUUGUGCACAAGUGUUUGGUCUGUCAAAUGGUGAAAGCCGAGCACCAAGCUCCAGCAGGGAAGCUAAAGCCACUUGAGAUACCAGAGUGGAAGUGGGAACACAUCACCAUGGAUUUUGUAUAUGGACUACCGAGGACGGAGUGGGGUAACGAUGGAGUUUGGGUGAUUGUAGAUCGUCUCACUAAGUCAGCACACUUCAUCCCCAUCAAAUUCAAGCCAGGGGUGGAUGCAUUGGCAGACUUGUAUGUACAAGAGGUGGUACGACUACAUGGAGUUCCUCUAACCAUAGUAUCAGAUCGGGAUCCUAGUUUCACUGGCCAAUUCUGGAAGAGCCUUCACAAGGCUUUGGGAACCAAGCUCCAAUUCUCAACUGCCUACCAUCCUCAGACUGACGGACAGACAGAGAGGACUAUACAAACGUUGGAGGAUUUAUUGAGGGCUUGUACACUGCAGAUGAGGGGAUCGUGGGACAAGUAUCUCCCUCUAAUGGAGUUUGCUUAUAAUAAUCAAUACCACAGCUCCCUAAAGGCGUCACCAUAUGAGGCCUUAUACGGGAGAAAAUGCAGAUCUCCCCUAUAUUGGGAUGAGGAAGGAUUAAGGCAGAUUGAGGGCCCACAACUAGUACAAGACACAGUCGACAAAGUUUAG